UGUUGUAAUCGGUGCACCAUGGGAUUGUGUUGUUGAAAAAUUCAUCAAUCAAACUCAUUCAUUUUUCAAACAAAAAUAAUAUCACUUGUUUUUAUUCAUCGAUAAUAUUGAACUGUUGGGAGAAACAAGUUGCUGUGAUUGUUAUAUUUUUGUAUUAUAAAAAUGCCGCCAACGGAAAUGAUCGAUCCAAAGCUGAUGGAAGGAGGUAAUUACAUAAAGGAAGGACGAGAUUCUGCCAAGAGCACUUGCCUCAUCUUCUCACCCAAGGACGAGGACAAAGUUGGAUCUCUCGGAAAAUUUCUCCAGCUCUUCACCGAGCAUCAUGUGAACCUGUUGCAUAUUGAAUCGAGGAGUUCAUUACGUCAAGCUAAUGGUUAUGAAUUUAUGGUUGAAUGCGCACCCGGAGGAGAUCUCGGAAUUGCUGUUGAGGCAUUGAGAAGUCAAUGCAAUUAUUUCUCUAUUAUCUCGAGGAAUCAUAAGGACAAUAUUGGCACAGUACCAUGGUUUCCUCGGCGUAUCCGCGACCUUGAUAAAUUUGCCAAUCAAAUAUUGACGUACGGUGCUGAACUGGAUGCAGAUCAUCCGGGCUUUACAGAUCCUGUGUACAGAGCGAGAAGAAAGUAUUUCGCUGACAUAGCUUAUCAUUACAAACAUGGUCAACCUAUCCCUCGGGUAGAUUACACCAAAGAGGAGGUAGCAACGUGGGGUGUUAUCUUCAGAAAGCUCACGGAAUUGUACCCAAAGUAUGCUUGUCGCGAGCAUAAUCAUGUGUUUCCAUUGCUCAUUGAAAAUUGCGGGUACAGGGAGGAUAAUAUUCCACAGCUUGAGGAUAUCUCCAACUUUUUAAAAGACUGCACAGGAUUUACUCUACGUCCAGUAGCUGGUUUGUUAUCGUCUCGAGAUUUCUUAGCUGGUCUUGCCUUCAGGGUAUUCCACAGUACUCAGUACAUAAGACACAGCAGUAAACCACUGUACACGCCUGAGCCUGAUGUCUGUCAUGAAGUUCUCGGUCACGUACCAAUGUUAGCCGAUCCAGCGUUUGCUCAAUUUUCUCAAGUUAUUGGAUUGGCCUCGCUCGGUGCACCCGACGAGUACAUCGAAAAACUUGCCACCUGCUUUUGGUUCACCGUCGAGUACGGAAUUUGCCGGCAACAGGGUGAAUUAAAAGUAUACGGUGCAGGUCUUCUCUCAUCGUUCGGUGAACUGGAAUAUGCCCUCAGUGGGAAACCCGAGCUGCGGCCUUUCGAUCCGCCUAAAACUGCAUUGCAGAAAUAUCCGAUAACAGAGUAUCAGCCCAUGUACUUUGUCGCCGAGGACUUUGAGGACGGCAAAGAAAAGAUGCUGAAAUUCGCACAGACUAUACCGAGAAAAUUCGGCGUGAGGUACGACCCGUACACGCAGAGUAUCAGCAUCAUCGAUAGUAAAUAUCAGAUCGAAGAGUUGGUGACUAAUGUCAAUCAAGAGAUGGAAAUUCUGAUGGAUGCGCUGAAAAAAUUGAAAAAUUGAGACACAUCUGCGGAGUUUCGAUACUUUUGUUUCCAUAAUGAAUGGAUUUUUAUGGAUUCGUACAUCAAGUCUUCUAAGACUUUCCUUUGUGAUUUUGUUGAGCUUCUGUAAACUAAGGUAGCUGAGUUAGAACCCAUUACUUCUAUUGAUGAAUUUACAAUAGUCGGUCCAUGGAAAGACGAUUGAUACAAAGCAUCCUUCCUUGUGCAGGAGGUCUACUGUCUUCAUGCUUUUUUAUGUUAAUUGUAAGUGUGAAGGUCUCAUGUACAUAUGUGUGAAUAUAAAAUUUCCAAAAAAUAUGGGUUACAUCUUCUUGUUAAUAAGCAAAUUCUGAAUGACUCGCAUACACUGAAACAGCUUUACACAAUGGGCACUAAUUAUUUCAAUUGUUAAGUGCUCCAUUAGCGCGUCAUUUAAACCUGACGUAUGAUAUACCCGAGGAAGGAAUUGAACUCCCAAUUACAUGAACUUAUUUUGAGAUCCGAAGAUUAACGAUUGCACAUUGUAGCAAAGGGACGAGGGCGAUAAGAAUAAUUAUUGGCUGUUAUAUGUUAA